UCUCCCCGCUUGGCAAGUUUUAGGAGACCCCGACUCUUUCGGUGUCUCGAUCAUUGUUUUCAUUACUAGUUUUUUACCACCAACGUCACAGCAUACAAUGCAGAUAGGCAGACGUACGAAUAUAUAGAAUAUGUAUAAUGGAAUAUAUUAUUAAAUGUUUUAUUUGACAGAUUCGUAUGGAAUUAAUUGGUUACCCUGUAGUACAAGUUGCAUUUGCGAUACUGCUCGACCAUGCUUAGCUCAGGCGUAGACAAUGUCGCAUAUUUAUCAGCAAAUAUCUAAAAUGUAUUUUAGGAAAAAGAUCAUGGAUGGUCAACCUAUUUAUACACGGACAAAUGUGCCCAUGGCAAGAUAAAAAAAGGGUUAGAGAAAAGCUAUGUAGGGUACGUUUUUAAAUACGAUGGCCGUGGUAUCAAAAUGCGUUUUGAUGACAAUGUCCGCCAGAAUUUGCCGUGGUGUUGACCCCGGAACACGAUGCAUACGAAUGAUUAUCGGUUACUAAAUUAGCGAGCUACUCCUUGGUGCGGGCAACAUAAAUUAACAAUGUCGUCAUCAAAUAAUACGUUUCUGAUUAUAAGUCUUCAGCGGCUUGCAAAUAAUUAAAGCUAUUAUAAAAAGACACAAAUUCGCGCGGUGUUAUAAAGCUAAGUAAUCGUUACAGUACUACUAGCAUUGUUGUUACAAUUGCGUUAUGUUAUGACAAAUAAUGUUUUCUGAAUGAAGUAUUACAGUUAUGCAAUAAAUACUGAGCUCGUUUUUCAUAUUAAUUUGUUUGAUAAGAAGGAAAUCCAACAUUCUUGUCAGAGCCCGGAUAGCUCAGUCGGUAGAGCAUCAGACUUUUAAUCUGAGGGUCCAGGGUUCAAGUCCCUGUUCGGGCGGUUCUCCUUUUUCGCUUUCUAUGUAACACCGAAUUUUUUUCCCCCCCUGAACUUACAAAAUUAUAGAAAAAUAUAACACAGUGUCAAUUGCCUGAAUGAAACGGUAGUGUCUAGUAUUACCUCUGGAGCGUCAGAUUCCCUAAUUACGGCUGACGUGCGCGGAAUUUGUUUAUAUUUGCCAUGGUGAACCUAACUCACGAUUUAUUGAGAAUACAUGCUAUGUGAAAACAAAUAUUAUUUGAACUGGACACAGCCAAGCAGACUGAGUAUUAGAGGGAAAAAAGCAGAGAUGUUGGAGUGCAGUGCUGUGACCAUUAGAGUCCCAUAAAACCAGGUUGUGACAUUGGAGGUACCAGCAUAAGCUGUAGAUUGCAGUGUGUCCUACGGCCACCGCUGCAGCUUGUUGUCACGGCAUGGCGCAGAGGACAGCUGAGGGUGCUGCUUUCCACGCUGGUCAACGUCAUUUACAGCAAUAGCUAAUCUGCCAAAGUGUUGGAUGCUGUCAAGUACUGGGUUGGCCAUUUAUACCUACCCAUUUGACUAUUGAUGACCGUUUACGUGGAGUGCUGGGUAGAGAAUAAAAGGGACGUGGGAGACUGCAGCGAGGUGAGACAGGUACCUGGCUGGAGAUCCGACAUGAGCCCGACACUGAUCGUCUUCGUCGUGUGUGUGAUGGCUCACACAUGGGCCGUUCCUCUUCUGAAUAUUCCUGGAACAAACAACAAGAAGAGGUUCCAACGGGAACUGUCAGAAGAGUUCAUGCCUCAAAAUGAGAUGACAGCAAUGGACAAAAUCAUGAGGGCAAAUGAAUAUCAAGCAGAGGGCAGUGGCUUCAGGGAGGGUGACAUUGCUGUGUCCAACAAGAGAGGCUCCAGGAGCUGCUUUGCCCGGAGCUGCUUGUGGCCCAAGUCAGUGGACGGGAAUGUGUACAUCGCUUACACACUGUCCUCAGAGUACAAUGACCUGGACCUCAUAACAAUCCAGGAAGGAAUGGAGGCCAUUGAGAAUGGUACCUGCGUUCGCUUUGUGCCCCGGACGCACCAGAACGACUACCUGGAUAUCCAGCCCAAGUCAGGAUGCUGGUCGUACCUGGGAUUGCACGGUGGGCCACAGAUUAUCUCCUUACAAGCCCCGGACUGUGUUACAACGGGAGUGACGAGUCACGAGCUCAUGCACGCCCUGGGCUUUGUGCACGAGCAGUCACGCGCCGACCGUGACAAGUACGUCGCUAUCCUGUGGGGUAACAUCUGGAAAGAGCAUGUGCAGAAAUUUGAGAAGUACAAAACGAACAAUCUGGACACCCCAUACGACUAUGCUUCCAUCAUGCACUUUGGAAAGUAUGCCUACUCUGAGGAUGGAGACCCCACCAUUAUUCCAAAGGGCAACCUAGGUGCCCAGUUGGGCCAAAGGUUCGCCCCCAGCGAACUGGACAAGUUCAAGAUCAACAAACUCUACAAAUGUGAUUUGUGAGCAUGGGGGUCAGAAGGCGUCCUAUGUCAAGGUGACCGUUGAAAGGCCUGCUGUGGAGAGUGAGGGUCAAAGCUGAGGUUCCAAUCAUUAGAUGUAGUGCAAUGUUAAGACGUGGUGUCAGUCAAUAAA